CUUGCACUCACUUGGUCCUCAGUUCUGUGUUCUGGGAACAGGGUUAAGUGGGAUAUAAGGGCUUCACUUGGGACUUGUUGAUUGACGACUGGGGGACGCGCGUCUGCUUACGAUAUCUAUUCCCUCAGCGCGUCGUUCCCUCGUUGAUCAGCACUCGACACGACACGCAGCAGCACAACAUGAUGGCUGAACAAGAACAGGUACAGUGGGGUACCACGAAGCCUAUCUCAUGGAACCCGCCACAGGAGAAGGAGAUCAAGGCUACCGAGCGGCUGAUGGAAGAGCUGCAUCAUCAAGGCAGCUUCGAGAGCGAAGAAGAGGGUCGUCUACGAGAGCAGGUGCUAGGGCGGAUCGCCGGCCUCGUCAAACAGUUUGUGGAGAAAGUAUCAGUGUCAUUCGGUUUUUCGGAAGAGGCCGCCAAGGCUGCUGGCGCGAAGAUCUUCACUUCUGGCUCGUAUCGGCUUGGUGUGCACGGACCGGGGUCAGAUAUCGACACUAUAUGUGUGGUGCCGAAGCAUGUUAGCCGAGAACACUUUUUCACCGUGUUUGAGCCGAUGUUGCUCAACAUGGAGGGUGUCACGGAGGUGUCGGGUGUGCCAGAGGCAUUCGUACCUGUGAUCAAAGCGAUCGUGUCUGGAAUCCAUGUCGACUUCCUCUUUGCGCGACUCAACCUCACGCAAAUACCGGACGACCUCGAGCUAAAAGACGACAACCUACUGCGCAACCUCGAUGAACGCGAUGUUCGGAGCUUAGGUGGGUCACGAGUGACGGACGAGAUCCUCCGACUGGUGCCCCAACCAGUGGUAUUCCGCGACGCGCUCCGAGCUGUCAAGCUCUGGGCCCAACGUCGUGCUAUCUACUCGAACGUGAUUGGCUUCCUGGGCGGUGUCGCUUGGGCCAUGCUUGUGGCUCGUAUAUGCCAGCUGUUCCCGAAAUAUGACGCUGCUAGUAUCCUCAGCCGAUUCUUCCAUAUCAUUGGUCAGUGGGCUUGGCCUCAGCCGAUAUUGUUGAAGGCGAUCGAAGAUGGUCCACUGAAUGUUCGCGUCUGGAAUCCACAAAUAUAUCCCUCCGAUCGCACCCAUCUCAUGCCCAUUAUCACCCCCGCGUACCCCUCCAUGUGUGCCACACACAACGUCACCCAUUCCACGAUGAAAAUCAUGCAAAACGAACUAAGACGCGGAUCGCAGAUCGUGGAGAAGAUCAUCCAAGCCGGCGAGCCCUGGGCGAACUUGUUUGAGAAACAUGACUUUUUCCAUAUGUAUCGCUAUUAUCUGCAGAUCAUCAUCACUUCCGGAAAUCAGGAAAUGUAUCACAAGUGGGCUGGAACCGUAGAAUCGAAGAUCCGUCUGCUCGUCGGGAAGCUCGAAUUGCAAGAAGCGGUAGAGAUAGCUCAUCCAUUCACGAAAGGUCUCGACCAGGUCGUAUGUUGUCUGAACGACGACGAAGUCCGUGCGGUGGCGAAGUACGAGAUGGAUGAUGAGGUUUUGAAGAGGUCGGAGACGGAACAUGAGGGCAAGGACGGCGUUAGCAAGGUGUUCAUGAAGACGUUCUACAUUGGUUUGGGAGUAGAACCAAAGCCAGCUGGGCAGACUGGCCCCCGAAAACUCGACAUCUCCUACCCAACGAUCGAAUUUGUCAAGACUGUCAAGCUCUGGGACCUGUACGAGGAAGAACAGAUGGGCAUCGUCAUCCGAUACGUGAAGCACUCUGCAUUGCCCGACAAUUGUUUUGAAGGUGGUGUGCGGCAAGCGCUGGCGGGAAAGGGAGUCAAGCGUACCAAGUCAAAGGCCGGCGAUGGUAAGAAGCCGCUAAGUCGAACGAGUCCACACGACGUCUCAGGCGACUAUUCGCCUCACAAGAAACAGCGAAAAGAUUCUCUGACUGGGGACCAUGAUGGCCUACUAGGCUUAUCCGACGCUGCGAGCGCCAACCCACUUUCAAAAACGACGAAUGGGCACGCCAGAUCUCCCCUCGCAGUUGUUCCCUCCGCACUUCCUGAUCAACAGAUUACCCCUGAAAAUGGCGCUGCGGUCCCAGCAUCAUGAUAUAAGACUCGGCAAAAGUGGGGACAGUCAUGCUGACGAAGGUAACGGGCCAGCAAAUCGCAUGGCCUGGUGCCGACGUAAAUAUGCCCAGCGGGAAGAAAACAGUCAGCUUACGUCCUCAUUCUGUUCUGUGCCUGUAAGUUCUGAUCUUAGCUCGUCUCUCGCUGUCUCGCUGGAGGGAAGUGUACAAAGGUACUGGGAGGCGCGAGGUUGGGCGAGCUGUAUGAUUACCAUCACCAUCUUAGAUCCCCUUAACUGUUAACAGUAUGUAAUGAGUACAUCCUCUUGCAAAUA